AUGGCCGACGAUUCCCCAUCUGAAAUUUCUUCCACUUCCGUUACCCAAACCGAAAACCCAAACACAAACCCAGAUCCCUAUUCCAACCCCUUAUUUCUUCAUGCUGCCGAUACAUCAAGCAUCACCCUCGUCGCUGAAAAACUCACCGGUGAGAUGAACUACACCCUUUGGUCUCGUUCCAUCACCAAAUCUCUCCUCGCCAAGAACAAACUCGGUUUUGUUUUGGGCACCAUACCCAAACCUGAAACCACCCACAGAGACUUUGGAGCAUGGUCUAGAUGCAAUGCCAUUAUCUGUACAUGGUUGAGCAACUCUGUCUCUCCUGAGAUUGGAAGCCUAAUCAUGUACCUAGAUGAAGCAGACAUUAUCUGGCAGACCCUGGAGACCAGGUACAAGCAGACCAAUGUUUCGAAGAUUUUUCAUGUCGAACAGAAACUCGAAACUCUACAACAAGGUUCCAUGGAGCUCAACACUUUCUUCACAAAGCUCAACGCUCUGUGGGAGGAGUUAAAGAGCUAUGAGCCUUACCCAGUUUGCACUUGCAGAGGAUGUACCUGUCAAGCGAACAAGAAGCUUCUUGAGCUUCUAGACAGACGCAAUGUGGUCAAGUUCUUAAUGAAACUGAACGAGUCCUACCAACCUGCUCGGCGCCAGAUCUUAAUGGUCGAUCCCCUUCCUAGCUUGUCGAAGGUGUACAACAUGAUCGCUCAGGAGGAACACCAGCGCCAUGCCUCUUCUCCUUCUCCGAACUCGGUCGUUUUUCAGACCACCGUUGUCUCUAGUGCCAGACCUCGUUCGCCAUUCUCGUCGACCAACAAGUCCAGGCCAGUUUGUGCUCAUUGCGGGAUGCAGGGUCAUACCAUUCAGAGGUGUUACAAGAUACAUGGCUACCCACCUUCUUCUCGUUCCUCAGCUUCGGACACCACUAUGGUUUCCAACUACAAGCCACCUCUCCUUCCGAAGCCUCGUUUUGGCGUUGGUUCCAAGUUUCAGUCCUCUGUGAAUAUGAUCACCUCUGACAAGGAAAAACAAAGUACUGAUGUUUCUUCCCCUGCAUCCACCACAACCACUCUAGCACAAGCUCAAGCUCUGUUCGAGAAAUUUCAGUCUCAGCUCAAGACCCUUGGUAGCUCUUCUACUAACUCAGACUUGGUCACCAAACCAUCUUCUCAGCCAUCACCAGGACCCUACGCGGGACUUGAUGAUUGGGAAUGGUGA